AGAACCCAAGUAUGUUGGUCAAUACAGAGUCACAGACUCUGAUUCUCUUGAAGCAGCUAUAGAUGCAUCAGCAAGAAUAUGCAAUAUGAUAGAGACAAAGUUGUCUCCUGGACCAUCCUUAACUCAUGUCCGUAGACAUGGUAGCAAUAGAAAUCAUGUUGGUGUCCCUGUUGCUACAGGAAAUUUUGUUGCAGCUAAGAGAAGAGGAGUUGUGGAUGGAAUUGAUCAUGGAGCAACAGGUGAAGUAAAAAAGAUAGAUGUGAUCAAAAUCCUUAAGGAACUUGAUAAAGGGCAGAUAGUGAUGUUAAACAAUUUUGGAUAUUCCACUUCUAGUGAAGCUUUGAACUGCAAUUCUUAUGAAAUUGCGACAGCUUGUGCCAUAGCUCUUGGAGCAGAAAAACUUAUUUGCAUAAUAGAUGGACCAAUAGUUGAUGAAUGUGGACACCUUAUUCGUUUUCUAAGCCUUGAUGAAGCCGACAGUUUGAUACUCAAACGUGCAAAUCAAAUCGAGAUAGCUUUCAAGAAUGGUGUUGGUUUCAAUAAUGGAAACGGAUUCUGGUGUUCUUCCUCCAAGGAACAUGGUUUUGAAAUUGGAUUAGCUGCUGCAGCUUAUGUUUGUAGAGGAGGUGUGAAUCGAGUUCAUUUAUUAGAUGGUACUAUUAGUGGAGUCUUAUUGUUGGAACUUCUUCAAAGGGAUGGAGCAGGGACCAUGGUUGCUAGUGAUCUUUAUGAAGGAACAAGGGUAGCUAGAGUGUCGGAUAUUGAUGGGAUAAAGCAAAUUAUACAACCUUUAGAAGAGUCUGAUGAACUAGUGAGGAAGAGUGAAGAACAGAUGGUUAAAGAAGUGGAAUCAUUUAUAGUAGUUGAAAGGGAAGGGCAAGUAAUAGCUUGUGCUGCUCUAUUUCCAUUCUUCAAAGACAAGUGUGGAGAGUUAACAGCUAUUGCAGUUUCACCUCAAUGUCGUGGGCAAGGGCAGGGGGAUAAAUUAAUCGAUUAUAUUGAGAAGAAGGCGUCGUCGCUUGGGUUGGAAAUGAUUUUCCUAUUAACAACGAGAGGGACGGAUUGGUAAGGCAAUUUUUUCAUUAGAAAAUUGAACUAAUGAAUGAUGUGAGUUUAUGUUAAUAAUAGGUUUGUAAGACGCGGUUUCUCAGAGUGUUUACCCGAGAGUAAGAGGA